AUGGCCCAGAAAGCAGCCAAAUCCUUGGCUAGCCGCAAUACGGCGGUUCUCAACCGCACUCACCUCAUCUCUGCCGCGCUGCACAUUCUCUUCCUCUUCCUCCACUUCAUGUUCCAGCGCCCUGGCUCACUGAAACGUUACAUUCUCCUCGGUGUCCCGACUCUCGUCAUUGAAUUCUAUCUGGACAAAGUUGGCCGUCCGCGCUAUAACGAAGAUGGCUCCCUUCGCUCUGCCGGUGAGGAUCUCAAUGCCACUGGUCUGACUGAGUACAUGUGGGAUGUGCUGUACUGGACCCAGGGCUGCAUCGCUGCUGUGUGCAUCUUCAAUGACCGCGCUUGGUGGCUCUGGGCCGUGGUUCCUCUGUACUCAAUCUACCUGGCAUAUACUACAAUUAUGGGAGUGAAGAAGGGAUUCGCUGGCAUGGGUGGUGGCGGCGAAGGGGAAGACUAUGAUGCCCCUAAGAGCAAGACACAACAAAAGAAGGAGAAGCGGGGUGACCGGCCCAAGUAUAGAACUCGUUAA